UUCACUUAUGAUGCUUCGAUUCACUGAUCAUAAAUCAUGUCACAAAGAUAUAUCACGUCCCAUAUAGAAUCUUAUGUCAAGAUUUGUCAAUAACGAUACUCAAUUUUUUUUGUCUUAUACAAUAUAUGUCAUUCAAUGAAUCUCGAGUUUGGACGAACUCUCAACCAAUGAUGUUGCUCAGAUGACGACAACUUAGUUAGAAUUUUUUUAUGAAGGUACUUCAAUAUUACAUAAAUUUGGUCAUUCCAAUUGAAAAUUUAUUGUCUUAGUGUAAGAUCAUAUUUGUCUAUCAAGACAGUCAAUUUAAUAUCUUAUACAAUAUGUACCAAUUGUUAACUCCUGAAGUUUAAUAUAGACUCACCCUCAACUCAUGGUCAUUGUUUAGAUGUUGGUUUAGAAUCUCGGUCCAAGAUACGCACACACUGUCGAGGGUUCUAAUCUUAACAUGGUCCAUUGUUGAAUAAUUUUCUAACUUAUCAAAUAUGCAUUUGCUCAAAUUUAUUUAUCUUUGGUGUUUGUUUUGAGAUAAAAAUUCCAUUACUUAUACUAAUAUCUUCAUUUUGUUGGUGUAAUGCCACAUCUAUUGUCAAUAUCUAAGCAUGAUACUAUACUCUAAGUAAGAAAAUGCUAUAUGGACCACGAAUUAACCGGAUUUGUGGGCAUGAUACUAUACCCUAACCCUUAAUGAGUGAAUCCUAGGUCUUAGUUAUCUAAAUCAUAGAGCUUAACCCCUAAGAUUGUGAAUGUAAUUUGUUGCAUAGAUUUAGCUACAUUAAUUGUUGCAUGUAAUUUUUUGCUAUUUAAUUAUUGUUUUCGUUGAUAGAUACAAACAUUAGAAAGAGAUAGUGUUUGAUAACCAAAACGUAAAAUUAUAUAGUUGGUUUUUCAAAUUCAAUUGAUUAUUAAAUGUUGAUUAUCUAAACUUUCUUCAUUAUAUUUUGUUUAUAAAUUUUUUUAUUACUUAUCUGUGUGUUUAAUUUAUUUUUGUAUCGAAAUGUAACCUAUAUUAAGUUCUAAUAAUAAUAAUAAGAAAAAUUAAUAGAUCAGAUUUAAUCAAAUAUUUUUUUUUAAGCAUUACGAAAUCGAUGAGAAGAACAUCUGAAAAGUAGAAUGAUGAAACCUAUGCGGUUGAUUGAACAGCUUCUAUCCCCCUGCUUUUUUGGAAGGUUGAAAGUCUAUGCGGACGCUGCAGCAUUGGUUUUGGUAUUGUCGGUGGAACGCAAGUGACAGCUGAGCUGGCUCACUCCAUCUCAUCGCAUCUUUCUGGCACAUGCCAUUUAGGGGUGGAUAUUGGUGCGGUUCGGACCGCAUCGCACCGCAUUGAUAUAAACCGCACCGCAUCUUAAUCGAGCCGCACCGCAUUUCGACCGCUAUGUUAUCGGUGCGGUCAAACCAAACCGCAUAAAUUAACGGUUUGAUACGGUUUAGACCGCACCGCAUCUUGACGGUUUGUACAUAAUUAAAUAAAAAUUACUCAGUUUCUAGCCACCAAAACAAACAGAGCAGUAUGUUUAGAGCAUUGUAUUCUAGAGAACACAGUGCCUGUAAUCUUCUGAAAUGCUAAGUUUCUGGAAAGUUGGAUUGAUAUUUCUUCUUCUGGAGAACACAGUCACCAUUCACCAAUCCUAACCUCAGAUCUGUAACAAAUGCAAAUGUGACCAUGAGAUUCCUGCAUUCAUGAAAUUGGUGAACUAAGCUCAGAAAUCAUCACUUGUCACUUGAACCGUAUGGAACCAAACAUUUCGCUAGAAGUAUCCCCAUUCAAAUGUAAGCAAACGUUUCAGCUUUCAUGGCCCUUGUAAGAGCAUUUUCCAGUUUUUCUCUCUGAUGACAUCCAGUUUUGCUCUUGGACUGGAAACCAGAUCCUGAAAAACAACAAAAGAAGGAGAUAAUGAACCCAUUGGCAUCAUCCUGAUAUCAACAUAACCAGGCGCAAAUGGAUGAAACCCAGAACAGUAAAGUUGCAGACGAGAAAAGAGCUGGUUGAGCCAAUGCUCGUCCCAGCUGAUGGAAGAGGAGAAGGCACGAGGCUCUACGUGUCCAAUCUGGAUUAUACGGUGGCGUGCUUGUUUCCCCCCCCCCCCCCUCUAUUUUGUACAGAACAUGUUGUGAUCUUUAACCAAAAACACCACCAUAUAUGCUGAAACCUGAAAGAGCAGAGCCACGUAAAGACCUUCUGCUACUUCUCUUUGUGUAGGCUUCUGUUUGAAUGUAUAUAAAUCAGCUAGUGCUGCUUCCUUUCUGAUGAUUACCGGUAAGUAACCCAUGUUCACAUAUGCUUCAAUGGGCUACUUUGGUUGUGUAUAUUUUCCUCUUUCUGCCGAGAAGCAUGGCUCUGUUCUUCUGGUAAAGUUGAUGCAUCCUAAUCUGGAUUAUGGGGUUACUAGUCAGGACAUUAAGGUAAUCAAACUGCAUUUCUUGGUUCCCUCUUUCAAUGGAUUGCUUCUUUCUCAGGAGGAAUCAAGGGUUGAUUAGGUGGCGUAAGAACCCUUCGACCCAAGAACAACAGUGAGAUUCAGAAUUGAGUUCGACCCUGGAGCUAGAGAGGGCUUCUUUCUCCAACGAAUUGGGAACGAAAACCAUGACUAUAUGGGUUUCGAAGAAAUCACACUAUUCAAAUAUAGAACCAAAGGAGAAAAGCAUACCUGAUCUCGCCGGUACUGGUGUUUUUGACAGUCGGCCAAAGCACCGGAGCUCUGAGAAUAGGAAAGAUCGAGAUGCCUUCGAUCCUAGAAAUCUCCCGCCUCUUGGUGUAUUUGACAGUCCACCAAAGCUGGGGAAGAUGGCGCCGUGGAGAGAAGAUGGCGGAAUGAGAGAAUGGUCAGAUCUGGUGCUUCCGGAGAGAAGAUGGCGCCGUGGAGAGAAGAUGGUGCCGCCGGAGAGAAGAUGGCGUCGUGUCGUCGUUGUCGUCUCGCCGAGUGAAUAGCUGUUGUCGUGUGUUGUGUGGUGAGAAGAGGCGUCUGGCCUAGAUUAGGCGCAUUAGGGAUUAGCGGAUUGUGGUUUCAAACCGCAAACGAGCGGUUUGGGUCAAUCCGAACCGUGAACCGCCAAGGAUUAACGAUCAGACCGCAAAUGAAACCGUUAUUUUAAUGAUGCGGUUUGGAUUGACCGCAUAAGCGGUUUGGGGCGAUUUGGAGCGGUUUGGUCAAACCAAUACCCACCCCUAAUGCCAUUACAGCUUUCGUUCCAUCUGCGCUGGAAAGAUCCUAUUGGAUUGGAUGCUUUUGGUUUAGUAGGAGUGGAAGGGGAGGAUUCGACGCAUAGAAGUUUGGUACCGUUACUAUUUAGGAUAUAUCGAAUAUCAUAUCGAAUUUAUCAUUAUUUGGUAUUACUGAAUACCGAUUUAUCUUUUAACGAUUGAGAUUGUGAUACAUUUUCGAGUGUUAUUCGGUAUUUUCGAUUACGGGAUUGGGAUCGGUAUGAUACCCAAAUAUCGAAAAAACCGAAAAUUAAAAAUUAAUGACACAUAGCACACAACCGUUUGUUAUUCCUCCCUCUUUGACAACUCAAAAACCCCAUCCAAUUCAAUUUCAACUUUUUAGUUUAUGUCACUAGUCUCUCACUCAAUCUUUUGUUAUUUUCAUAACACCAAAAACCGUACACUCUCGUUAGUCUUCUUUCGACCUCCAAUCCGUUGAAUUAAAGAUUACUGAUGACAAGAAACUGAGAUGACCUGUCACCAUCUCCUCUCUUCUCCUUAUCCAUGUACUAUCUUAGGCGAACUCAAGACUUUAGUCUCUUUGUCCUAGAUUAGAUUACAUACUCUAAAUUAUAUAUUUAAUUAUUAAUUGCAAAUACCGAUUGGAAUACUGACAUUACCGAUUAGGAUACCAGAAUAUUUAGAAGGUUGAGAUUAAGAUACUGAAUUAAUUUAGGGAUUGAGAUUGAUUUACAGUGUAAUUUGGUAUUUGAGAUUUCAGUAUUUGGUAUCGGGAUACCGACAAUACCAACUAGGAUACCGACAUAUUUAGGGAAUGGGAUAUAGAAUUAAUUUAGGGAUUGGGAUUGAUUUUAUGGCGUAAUUCGAUAUUCAGGAUUUUGGUAUUUGGUAUCGGGAUAUCAAUAUCGUACUGAUUUCCACCCCUACAUGCCAUACUGUCAUUUUUUGUUUAACGAAAGUUGAUAGGAGAGGGUUACAAAUGAGUCGAGUUUUACCCUAAUUUGAGCUCGGCUAGUUAAUAAACGAGUUGAACACGA